UGUGUUUUCCCCCAGAUAUUCCUAGAGCAAGAAAACAAUGAUGCAGUGCAGUCUACACGUUGCCAAUGCCCUAUGGCUGAGUAUAAAUGCCAUCAUGUAGCAGCAGUCUUGUUGUUUGGGUACAAGAGAGCUAGCAAAACAGAUAUAAAAUGCAGUUGGCUCAAACAUCCAAAGUCAGCACCUCCAAAGACUACAGUUACAAUGACUGACUUAUAUCCCCCAAGGCAACAAGAGUACAGGGCUCUUAAGAGGACUGUCACAGCAGACGACAGAUCAUUUCUAUAUAACUGCCUAGGGCAGUUAGGGCGUUUCACAGCUUUACACUGGAUUCUGCUGGAGGAACCCAAGCCGCCACAACUUCCAUUACCACUGAUUGAAGAUGUGUUAGUCAGCGAAGGAUACCUUUCAUCAGAAGAUCCACGCACAUAUUUUAGGCUAUCACUUGUUCUGUCCCGAGAGAAGAUCACCCAGAUAGCCUUCAUGACAACCGGGCAGAGGGAAAACUCCCUUUGGGCAGCCACCAGAAAGCUGCGAUUCACUGCCUCCAACUUUGGACAAAUAAUUGCUGCUUCCAAACGCAAUCGAUUAUGUGCAUCCCUGAAGAAACGGCUACUGAGCGCCUACAAUCUUCAGAAGAGGGCGCCUAUCCAGUGGGGGAUAACUCAUGAGAAAAAUGGGUUAGAUGCAUAUUGCAGAACUGGAGGUGUGACAUUGGUACAAACUGGCAUUUGGCUUCAUGAAUCAGGCAUCCUUGGGGCUUCACCUGAUGAGUUUGUUCAAGGGGAUUAUUGUGGCCGCGUUCACCUUCAAGAGAAGGAACAGCCAGCAAUGUCACCAGACAUCAUCGAGGUGAAGUGCCCUUUCUCGGCCAAGGACAUGACUAUUACGCAGGCAUGCCAUUCAAACAAAGACUUCUACAUAGACUUAUCUCCAGAUGGCAGGAUGUGCUUGAAACGCUCACAUGACUACUGGCACCAAAUUCAGGGACAGCUUCAUAUUACUGGCACUCAGUGUUGUGAUUUGGUUGUUUGGACAACGAAAGACACGCAAAUUGUUAGAAUAUUUAAAGACAAUUCUUGGGCAAUUAAUAUGUCUUCUAUGAUUGAUUUUUACAUUUUGACAUUUUUACCAUCUCUUAAAUGAAGAUAUACUUUAUUGAGUUUAUUUUCUUCAUGAAAAUGAUGAAUGUACUAUUGUAAUAGCUGACA